GGGGAAAUGGCGGCGGCGGCGGUAGCGGCACAAUGAGACGCGGCCUGUAGUGGAGGGAAGCGCCGGGCUGGGUCCCGUCCGAGCAGGUUACCUAGGGUGAAACAAAAUUACAGGCUUGGAGACUCUGGAAAAGCUCAGCAUCAGCAUUUGAGAGCCGAAGCUUGCAAAUUAUGUGAUUAAUCUACAAGCUGAUAUCAUGAUGUCAAAAUGCAGUUUGGAAAGCAUAAACACAGAGACUGCGGAAAUUAAAACGGCUGUGCUGGAACAAAAAUGCAAUGAAAGAAACACUGGAUGAAUGAAUGAAAAGCCCUGCUUUGCAAUCCCUCAGCAUGGCAGGACUACAGCUCAUGACCCCUGCUUCCUCCCCAAUGGGUCCAUUUUUUGGAUUACCAUGGCAACAAGAAGCAAUUCAUGAUAACAUUUACACGCCAAGGAAAUAUCAGGUUGAACUGCUUGAAGCAGCUUUGGAUCAUAAUACAAUAGUCUGCUUAAACACUGGCUCAGGGAAGACUUUUAUUGCAGUACUACUCACUAAAGAGCUGUCCUAUCAGAUCAGGGGAGAUUUCAACAAAAAUGGAAAAAGAACUGUGUUCUUGGUUAACUCAGCAAAUCAAGUUGCUCAACAAGUAUCAGCUGUCAGGACACAUUCUGAUCUUAAAGUGGGAGAGUAUUCAAGUUUAGAGACAACUGAAUCAUGGACAAAAGAGAAAUGGAGUCAGGAAUUCUCUAAGCAUCAGGUUCUAGUUAUGACAUGUCAUGUUGCUUUGAGUGUUCUGAGAAAUGAGUAUUUAUCUCUGUCAAAUAUUAAUCUUCUGGUGUUUGAUGAAUGCCAUCUUGCAAUCCAGAAUCACCCAUACCGUGAAAUUAUGAAGAUCUGUGAGGAUUAUCCAUCGUGUCCUCGAAUCUUGGGAUUAACAGCAUCAAUUUUAAAUGGGAAAUGUGAUCCUGCUGACUUAGAAGAGAAGAUCCAGAAACUGGAGAAAAUUUUAAAGAGCAAUGCUGAAACCGCAACUGAUUUGGUGGUCUUAGACAGAUAUACUUCUCAGCCAUGUGAGAUUGUUGUAGACUGUGGACCAUAUACUGACAAAAGUGGAUUGUAUGGAAGAUUACUGAAGGAAUUGGAUGAAGCCCUUACUUUUCUAAAUGACUGCAACAUAUCUGUACAUUCAAAAGAAAGAGAUUCUACGUUAAUUUCAAAGCAGAUACUGUCAGACUGUCGAGCUGUGUUGGUUGUUCUGGGACCGUGGUGUGCAGAUAAGGUAGCUGGAAUGAUGGUGAGAGAGCUGCAGAAGUAUAUCAAACACGAGCAAGAGGAGCUGCACAGGAAAUUUUUAUUGUUUACAGACACUUUCCUAAGGAAAAUCCAUGCACUCUGUGAAGAGCACUUCUCGCCUGCCUCACUUGACCUGAAAUUUGUAACCCCAAAAGUAAUAAAGCUGCUUGAAAUCUUGCGCAAAUAUAAACCAUAUGAACGGCAGCAGUUUGAGAGUGUUGAAUGGUAUAACAAUAGGAACCAGGAUAAUUACGUAUCUUGGAGUGAUUCUGAAGAUGAUGAUGAGGAUGAAGAAAUAGAGGAGAAAGAGAAGCCAGAGACUAAUUUCCCAUCUCCUUUCACUAAUAUUUUGUGUGGAAUCAUUUUUGUGGAAAGAAGAUACACAGCAGUUGUUCUAAAUAGGUUGAUAAAAGAAGCUGGCAAGCAAGAUCCAGAACUGGCUUAUAUCAGUAGCAAUUUUAUAACUGGACAUGGCAUUGGCAAGAACCAGCCUCGUAACAAGCAGAUGGAAGUAGAAUUCAGAAAACAGGAAGAGGUUCUUAGGAAAUUUCGAGCUCAUGAGACCAACCUACUUAUUGCUACUAGUAUUGUAGAAGAGGGUGUUGACAUCCCAAAAUGCAACUUGGUGGUGCGUUUUGAUUUGCCUACAGAAUACCGUUCCUAUGUGCAGUCAAAAGGAAGAGCCAGAGCACCAAUUUCCAAUUACAUUAUGUUAGCAGAUACAGACAAAAUCAAAAGCUUUGAAGAAGAUCUUAAGACAUACAAAGCAAUUGAGAAGAUCCUCAGAAACAAAUGCUCAAAAUCUGUUGAUGCCAAUGAAAGUGAAACUGAAUCCAUUGUUGAUGAUGAUGACAUAUUUCCACCCUAUGUGUUGAGGCCAGAGGAGAACAGCCCAAGAGUUACUAUCAACACUGCUAUUGGACACAUAAAUAGGUACUGUGCUAGAUUACCAAGUGAUCCAUUUACACACCUAGCUCCCAAGUGUAAAACCCGAGAACUACCUGAUCACACGUUUUACUCCACUCUCUACCUGCCAAUCAACUCACCUCUUCGAGCUUCAAUUGUUGGUCCUCCAAUGAGUUGUGCAAGACUGGCUGAGAGAGUUGUGGCUCUUAUUUGCUGUGAAAAGCUGCACAAAAUUGGUGAACUGGAUGAUCAUUUGAUGCCAGUUGGUAAAGAAACGGUUAAAUAUGAGGAGGAGCUUGAUUUACAUGAUGAAGAAGAAACUAGUGUACCAGGAAGGCCAGGCUCUACAAAAAGAAGACAGUGCUAUCCUAAAGCUAUUCCAGAAUGUUUGAGGAAUAGUUAUCCCAAACCUGAUCAGCCCUGUUACCUGUAUGUAAUAGGGAUGGUGUUGACAACUCCUCUGCCUGAUGAGCUCAACUUCAGGAGACGAAAGCUGUAUCCUCCUGAGGAUACAACAAGGUGUUUUGGCAUAUUGACAGCCAAACCUAUACCUCAGAUUCCUCACUUUCCUGUGUAUACUCGCUCUGGAGAGGUUACAAUAUCUAUUGAGCUUAAGAAGUCUGGUUUUACUUUGUCUCUGCAAAUGCUUGAGCUGAUAACACGACUCCAUCAGUACAUUUUUUCACAUAUUCUUCGUCUUGAGAAACCUGCACUAGAGUUCAAACCCACAGAAGCUGAUUCAGCCUAUUGUGUUCUACCUCUUAAUGUUGUUGAUGACUCCAGCACUUUGGACAUUGACUUUAAGUUUAUGGAAGACAUUGAGAAAUCUGAGGCACGUACAGGCAUUCCUAGUACACAAUAUACAAAAGAAAUGCCUUUUAUCUUCAAGUUAGAAGAUUACCAGGAUGCGGUUAUCAUUCCACGGUAUCGAAAUUUCGAUCAGCCUCAUCGAUUCUAUGUAGCUGAUGUAUACACUGAUCUUACGCCACUCAGUAAAUUCCCUUCCCCUGAAUACGAAACUUUUGCUGAGUAUUAUAAAACCAAGUAUAAUCUUGAUCUGACCAAUCUCAACCAGCCACUGCUGGAUGUGGACCACACAUCUUCAAGACUUAAUCUUUUGACUCCUCGCCAUUUGAAUCAGAAGGGGAAAGCGCUUCCACUAAGCAGUGCUGAAAAGAGGAAAGCAAAGUGGGAAAGUUUGCAGAAUAAGCAGAUACUGGUUCCAGAGCUCUGUGCUAUCCAUCCUAUUCCAGCGUCAUUGUGGAGAAAAGCAGUUUGCCUCCCCAGCAUACUGUAUCGCUUGCACUGCCUCUUGACAGCAGAGGAACUAAGAGCUCAAACAGCCACUGAUGCUGGUGUAGGGGUUAAAUCACUUCCUGCCGAUUUCAGAUAUCCUAACUUGGACUUCGGAUGGAAAAAGUCUAUUGACAGCAAAUCCUUCAUCUCUAUUCCUAACUCCUCUUUAGCAGAGAAUGAAAAUUACUGUAAGCACAGCACAAUUGUAGUCCCUGAAAAUGCUGCACAUCAAGGUGCUAAUAGAACCUCUUCUGCAGAAAACCAUGACCAAAUGUCUGUGAGUUACAGAACAUUGCUCAAUGAGUCACCCAGUAAACUACAAAUUGAUGUCUCGGCAGAACUUGCAGCAAUUAAUGGUGUUUCUUAUAAUAAAAAUCUUGCCAAUGGCAAUUGUGAUUUAGUUAACAGAGACUUUUGCCAAGGAAAUCAGCUGAAUUACUGCAGGCAGGAAAUACCUGUGCAACCAACUACCUCAUAUCCCAUUCAGAAUUUAUACAGCAGUGAGAACCAGCCCAAGCCCAGCAAUGAAUGUACUCUACUGAGUAAUAAAUACCUUGAUGGAAAUGCUAACAGAUCUACCUCAGAUGGAUGCCCCAAAAUGGCAGUGACCACCAGUACUUCAAAAGCUAUUAAUCUUUCAAAAGACAAAGCAGAUACUGAAAAUAACCCUUCCAGUGGGUACUCCUCAAAAACUCUUGGUCCUAAUCCUGGUCUCAUUCUGCAAGCUUUGACUCUUUCAAAUGCUAGUGAUGGAUUUAAUCUGGAGCGACUAGAAAUGCUUGGUGAUUCAUUUUUAAAGCAUGCCAUCACUACAUACUUAUUUUGCACUUACCCUGAUGCUCAUGAGGGACGGCUGUCAUAUAUGAGAAGCAAAAAAGUCAGCAACUGUAACUUGUAUCGCCUUGGAAAAAAGAAAGGACUGCCCAGUCGUAUGGUGGUAUCGAUUUUUGAUCCCCCUGUCAAUUGGCUUCCUCCUGGUUACAUAGUAAACCAGGACAAGAGCAACAGUGAUAAGUGGGAGAAAGAUGAAGUGACGAAGGAGAACUUGUUGGCUAAUGGUAAACUUGAUAAUUAUGAUGUUGAAGAGGAUGAAGACCUAAUGUGGAGGUUACCCAAGGAAGAAACAGACUUUGAAGAUGAUUUUCUGGAGUAUGAUCAGGAACAUAUCAAAUUCAUUGAUAACAUGUUAAUGGGAUCAGGGGCUUUUGUGAAGAAAAUUUCUCUCUCACACUUUUCAACCACUGAUUCAAACUAUGAGUGGAAAGCACCCAAAAAGUCAUCCCUGGGUAAUGUUCAGUUUUCAUCAGAUUUUGAUGAUUUUGACUAUAGCUCUUGGGAUGCCAUGUGCUAUCUGGAUCCUAGCAAGGCUGUUGAAGAGGAUGAUUUUGUAGUGGGCUUCUGGAAUCCAUCUGAAGAAAACUGUGGUGUUGAUGCAGGAAAACAGUCUAUCUCAUAUGACUUGCAUACAGAGCAGUGUAUUGCUGACAAAAGCAUUGCAGACUGUGUGGAAGCCCUGUUGGGCUGCUAUCUGACCAGCUGUGGUGAAAGAGCUGCUCAGCUUUUCCUGUGUUCAUUGGGGCUGAAGGUGCUCCCUGUAAUUAAAAAGACUGAUUGGGAAGGUACUUUGUGUGCUACCAGAGAGAAUUGUAACAGGGAGCAGCAAGAUCUUUCACCAAACUCUGUUUCUGCUUCUGUAGCUAAUUCAGAGCCUUGUCAGUAUAAAGACCUGGAGUAUGGCUGUUUGAAGAUUCCACCGAGGUGUAUGUUUGAUCACCCAGAUGCUGAAAAAACCCUAAAUCAUCUUAUUUCUGGUUUUGAAAACUUUGAGAAGAAAAUAAACUACAGUUUUAAAAACAAGGCUUAUCUUCUUCAGGCAUUUACUCAUGCCUCAUACCAUUAUAAUACCAUUACUGAUUGUUACCAGCGCUUAGAAUUCCUGGGGGAUGCAAUUUUGGACUACCUCAUAACCAAGCACCUUUAUGAAGACCCACGGCAACACUCUCCAGGAGUUCUUACUGACCUACGAUCUGCUCUAGUCAAUAAUACCAUUUUUGCAUCAUUAGCUGUAAAGUAUGACUACCACAAGUACUUCAAAGCUGUCUCUCCUGAACUGUUUCAUGUUAUUGAUGACUUUGUGCAGUUUCAAAUGGAAAAGAAUGAAAUGCAAGGAAUGGAUUCUGAGCUCAGAAGAUCUGAAGAAGAUGAAGAAAAAGAGGAAGACAUUGAAGUACCAAAGGCCAUGGGGGAUAUAUUUGAGUCCCUUGCUGGUGCCAUUUAUAUGGAUAGUGGAAUGUCUUUGGAAAUGGUUUGGCAAGUGUACUAUCCAAUGAUGAGGCCAUUAAUAGAAAAAUUUUCUGCUAAUGUGCCCCGUUCCCCAGUGCGAGAGCUACUGGAGAUGGAGCCAGAGACAGCCAAAUUUAGCCCUGCAGAAAGAACUUACGAUGGAAAGGUCAGAGUAACAGUGGAAGUUGUAGGAAAGGGAAAGUUUAAAGGCGUCGGCAGAAGCUACAGGAUUGCCAAAUCUGCAGCUGCAAGAAGAGCACUACGAAGCCUCAAAGCAAAUCAACCUCAGGUCCCAAGCUGAGACUCCUCUUAAAAAUAAAUAAAACGGGGGGGAAAAAACCCACAUACAAAUAAAGCAAAUUUUAAAAAAUGCUGAUGUUGAGAGGAACAAAUUGGAAGACAGAAUUUAAAGUUUGUUUGAUAACAGAGUAGAUAACAAAACAUUUAACAUGUAUAAAAUUUUGGAACUAAUUGUAGUUAUAGUUUUUUGCGCAAACACAAUCUUGUCUUCUUUCCUCACUUCUGCUUUGUUUAAUCACAAGAGUGCUUUAAUGAUGACAUUUAGCAAGUGUUCAGAAUAACUGUUGUCAGGUCUUUUUGGUUUACUUUUAUUGGCAGUACAGCUUUGCUUAGUGUUAGAAGGCCAGGGAGCUUAUGCCUAAUGCAGUUGCUAGAUUUAUAUAUAGUAAUCUUGAAAUUCUUCAAUCUGUGCACUAGUGCCAGUCAUAAAGCAGUUGAUAAACUGUACUGGAUGAUUUGGUAUAAGAAAGAAUUAAGUGUGCCAGUAUUCUUCUUUUUGUGGUUUGUUUCUUUGGUUUUUUCUAUUUUUUUUUUUCUCUCCAUGUCAUCUUUUUACAUUGAGAUGGCAUUCCCAAUCAUUAUUGCACUUAUUUGUUAGGGACAGAUUUUAAUUGAAAUGGCUGGCAUACUGGUAGAAUGAAAAUUCAGUUUCCUUAUGCCACACAGUCUUGCAUAAAAAAAAAAAAGGUUCUUGCCUUAAAAUUAAAUAAACCCUCAUUAAUAAUUUUUAAUUUAUGAUCUCUUUUGGAACAAACUGUUUUACAUUCCCUUCAUUUUGUUAUGCAUUUUACAGUGAUACAGCUCUAUAUUUACAGUACAACUCAUUACUAUAGUUGUGACUUAUUACAGGAUUAUAAUAGAAAUUGUAUUCAUAUAUAUGUGAUUAGGUUAUUUUUAACAAUUCUGAGGAGUUGGUUAGUCUACAGUUUUUUUUAUACCAUAAAAAAUGUGGUCUUUGGCUGAAAUUCCAAUUUUACACAAACCUGCAAGCUAGAUAGCUCCAAUACUGGAAACAGUAAUGAAUUGCACAGUGCAAACUGUCACUCUGACAAAAUAACCUUAGACAUAUCACACCUAAAAUAUGCUGCAGAUUUUAUAGUCAAUUGGUUACAUAUUUAACAAACAGAGCACCUUUACACUUAGAUAUUUCCACGUAAAUUUCUUACUGUACUUUUCAGAGUUGCAUGCAUAUUUCAUCUACCAAAGCUGUGCUGUUGAAUAACAUGGAAGAUGAUGUUUGAGAUAUAACUGCCGUACUUUUGAUACAUCUGUGAUUUAGGUCCUUAAUUUAGAGAAACUAGCUCAUUGGUGUUUUGGUCUACUAGGGUUGGGGGGAAAAUCAUACUUUUAUUUUUUAGGCUUUGCCUAUACUUCUUUAAUUAGAUUUUUGUAGGCACUCUUCACUUAAAUACCUCAGUUCUUUUUUUCUUUUCUUUUCCUUCUUGUUUUUUUUGUUUGUUUUUUGGGUUUUUUGUUUGUGGGUUGGUUUGUUUUUUUUUUUUUUUUUUUUUUUUUGCAUGCAUUGUUUUUCUGUUUUGGUGCUAUGUUUAUAUAUUAUGCUUGAAAUUUUAAUUUUUUGCACUGUAACUAUAAUACCUCUUAAUUUACCUUUUAAAAAAGCUGUGGGUCUCGUAUUCCCACCAAUAUCAGUAGAGGUUUGCUGCAAUUAUGCCCUGUUAAUUAUGCUUGAAGUUUGAGAAAGCAGAGCAAGGUGUUUUAACGUUUUCCAGCACAGUAGUUUGAACUUGAUGCUGUGUCUUAUGUAUUAAAUUACAAAUAAAUACUGUAUUUCCUGCUUUUAAACCCCAUUCCUUUCAUCACAGAUGCUCAUUAAAACAAAAUAAAAACUGUCAGCUCUUGCUUUCUUAACAAAAAAUUAAAUAAAUGCCUUAGUGACAAGGGGUAGUCAUUAAGCUUUUCUGAAAUACAGUUUUUAAAAGUUCAUGUAUUUUCUAUCUCAGUCAUUUUUCAUUCUGCACAAAGGACCAUUCUUGUAUUUGAAAGCAGCAUUGUUAUUAUAGUCAGAUGGAGACUUAAAAUACUAACUUAUUAAAAAUUCUAGCAUCUGCUUAUUGCUUCAGUACUGGAAAUGUAACAGGGAAGUGUAAGAUAUGAAAGUUUUGAUGUGAAUAAAACAAAAUGUAAAUGAGAUGGAACAGUAAAACCAUGCAGACUAAAUUUUCAAAAGUAAAUAGCUUUGAGUUUGCUGUUUAAAAAAGGAAAAUAUUCACCAAUUUAAGUUACAGCAUUUCCUUUGUGGUAGACAUGAAAAAAUUAGAAAAAAUGCAUGGUCACUAAUAUUAAUGAUUCUGUGUUUCUGCAUUACGAAAAACUAAAUUUUGUUGGUCUUUGCCUAAAAUUUCUUACUGGUUGUUACAAGGUUAUAGAUUCUCAGGGGUUUCAGGUGAUUCUUCACAGUAAAGUGCUAUGGAGUGCUUCAGUGCAAAGAAAAUUAACUGAACUUGCUCUGUGUUUCAGAAUAAUUUAAUGAUCACUUUGUUACUAGUUGAAGCCUAUUAAUUGGAAAUCUGAAAUGUGUAGUGGCUGACUAUAAAGUAGUUUCUGCUGCUGAAGCAUUUUUAAAUGCGUUUUAAAUACCGUAAUGUUUUCCAGUGUGACCUCAUUGAAAUAUUUUUUAUCCUUUGAGAUGAAAAUUCGUAUUAGUUUCCAUGUUAUACAUCUGUGUGUUUUACCCUGCAGUUGAUGCGAUUUUGAUAUUGAACAAUGUAUGCUAUUAAAGACCUAAAUCUGAUCAUUUGAAGGUUGGGAUAGAAAUCACUUGACAUGCUAUAAGCACAAGUGGAAGUGGACUGUUGGAACCCAUCUUCAAAAGCAACCACACAAGCUCAUCAUUAAUAGUGUGGGGGUUAGUUGGCAUGAACCUUGUUUUGUUUUGUUUUUUUAAUCUAAGUCCUGUUAUACUGUACUUUAAACAGUCCUCCUAACUAUGCUGCGUUUUUAUUUUUAUGGCUUUUUUUGCGCUGUUCUGUUCAUGUAGCACAAAUAAGCAUUGCACUUGGUACCAUGCUUUACCUCAUUUCAAGGAAAAAAUGCUUAACAGAGAGGAAAAAUGUGGUUUGGCCUUGCUGCUGUUCUGAUUUACUGAAUUUGAAAAAGAUAAUUAUAAUGCCUGCAAUGUGUCAUUUACUUGCACAACUUAAAUAGGUCAUUUGUAGUGUCUGUGGCAUUUUUACUGUAUGUGGAAAAAUACAACAAAGAUGUGUAAAAACUCUUGAUUGUAUUUUAAAGCUAUUGUUUUUCUACUACAUCAUUUUACUGUUAUGUGAAGUAGUUUGAAUUAGAAUGACCUCUGACACUCCAAUCUCUGAACAAACCAACAUAUUAUGCACAUGAUGUAGUUUUUGCAAGAAGACAGCCCCUAGUAAUUUGGUCAACCUCAACUAAAUCUCUGCUCACUCUAGAAUAUUGAGUGCUCAAUAGUGGCUUCUGAAGUGUUUGUUCAGCUUGAUGCUGCUAAAGUCCAUACAGAAGAAAAGCCUACUAUUUUUAAAUCUUAUUACAAGAUAGUAUGUUGUGACUGCAGAGUACAGAACUUGGGCAGGAAGCAGUUUCAGUGCUGGGAAGGAAUUCAGUGGUGGCCCAGGGAUGAGGUGCCAGAUCCUCAGCAGGUGCAAAUUGAUGUGGUAUUUUAAUCAAUUGAACUGCAUUAUUUUACAUACCUGAAGAUCUUGUGCUUAUACGUAUGUUGCAGAGUUUGGGUUUUCUUCCUAGCAAGCAAAUAAAGACCAUAAACUGAAAAUGUGGUUUUUAUGUUGCUGCAUACGACAUAACCAUGCUCCAUGCAUUUUAUCUGUAUAGAAGGUGAAAUGUUCACAUCCCAGUCACAGCAGCACAUGUAAUCCAAAAUUGACAAUUAGCACCAUGGUCUGCUGUGAUUCUACACUUGCCUCUGUCUGACAGUAUUCUGGGUUUCUGUGUUUUGGGUGGGGUUCCCUCCAAAAAACCCCCAUCGCCUUGGAAAUCUCUGUGUUUGUUACAUCAGUGAAGGGAGAAGGAGUUUUAUUUUUGGUACUUAAUUACUGAUAUUAAUCCUUUUCUAAUUGCUCUAAUUUUCAAAAAGUUAAUUUCUUUACUUUCACAUUAGGUUUAAAAUUUAAAACGCUACAGUUCAUGACCAUGAAAUGUAAUCUAAAUGUCAACUGUAACUCUAUCUGAAUUAUGUUUGCAAGUAUCUAGAGGUCAUUGUAGUAUACUCCACUAGCAGUUAAAAUUAACUUCUGUCAAAGCUUACUACAUUUCUUAAAAAUAAAUUUUAUCCAAUGAAAUCCAUGGGGUUUUUACCUCUUUUAUUUGAAUGGCAACCACAGACUAAUUGCUUUGUAGAUGCACUCAGAAUUUACUGCAGCAGCAAGUUGGAGAGAAAAAUGUUUGUGAACAAGAAUUGGAAAUUGCAGGCAUUUUUAUUGUAUAUAGUUUGACUGAAAAGGUGGUUAAAAUCAAGUAGAAUGAAUAACAUAUAAUUUGAUGGACAAUAAAAUAUUUACCAUCACAUGCUGCAGCUGUCUUUAAGGGACAUAAAAUGUAAUUCAUUCAUACUGUAAUCAUGCUGCAGAAGUUUGCAAUCUGCACCUUAUGGAUCACAAUUACCUUUAAUAGUUUUUUGUAAUAAUUGUAGCUGAGUAUAUCUCCAAUAAAGUUAUGGUCUGUUCAUCUUG